ACACACACACACACACACACGCACACACACACACACACACACACGCACACACACACCUACCAUGCGGCGGGAACACCGACCUCUCCGCUGCCAUAUCCUCUUCCUCCUCCUCGUGCUGUUUUCACUUCAAGCGCUUACGUCAUGCGCGCCAGCACCCACACAGCAACAACUACAACAACAGCAACCACAGCCACAGCACCGAAGGUCUCUGUUGUCGAUUGUGGCAGAUGACGACGAUGAUCCCGCCGACGGCGAUUAUGAAGACGACGACGACGACGACAACGGCGGCGCCAACGCUGCCGCCAACACCAUCAGCAGCAUAGAAGGCAUAAAGGACGGUUUGCACGGAGGUGGCAGGGGCGGUGCACCAGCAGCAGAGACGACGUCAACGUCGACGGCGGCAGCGACGACCAUGGGUUUCCUGGAUGCCAUUGCGCCGAAAGUGCGCCAGAACGAGCUGGACGCGUCGCUGCCGCGGGUUGACGUGUUUCUGAUUCACCUGCGCAAGGCCGGUGGGCGCACGAUUCGGUGCACGUUCUCGAGCAACGGGAUGCGGCCCAAGUUCAGCAGGCGCCUGCCGCAGCCGCUGGCCGAUGUGCUGUCGGCGGUGACGCGGGGGCACUCCAAGGCCUGGCACGUGCGCAAGAUGUACGAGGAGGCCAAGCAGGAGCGCCCGAAGGACGUGCAGCUGCUGACGACGAUUUUGCGGGAGCCGACGGCGCGCGUGCUCUCCGCGUUCAGCACGAGCCUGGGCCGGAGCAGCGACAUCCACAAGAAGAAGGUGGUCAAGGGGUGCGCGUAUGUGGGCCACGUGCACGUGUGUGGGGACGCGGUGCGCGACCUGGCGGCUGGGAACAUGACGCUGCACCAGUUUGCCACCUCAACCUCGACCGAGAUGGCCAUGAACUACCAGCUCCAGCACCUGAGCGACACGUACCGCCCGCUCGGCACGCUGGACGAGGAGGAGCGCUCGCGCGUGCUGCGGGUUGGGCUGGACAUGCUGUCGGCACUGGACGUGGUGCUGCUUGCGGACCGCUACAACGAGAGCUUGGCCAUCCUCAACUGCUGGCUGGAGGAGAAGGUGGGCCGGCAGCUGCAGCACAUCAACCUCUGCUCCAACUGGAACCCGCACACGCACACACAGCAGCACACAGGCAGCCGUGGUGGCACGGGGGAUGUUGGGGAUGGCGGCCGUGGUGUUGGUGAUUCUUUGGGUGUGCAUCACCACGCGGCCGCGGCGGCGGCAGCAGCGGCAGUGGCAGCACCCAGACGUGGCGAUGGCGGUCGUGCUGACGAUGCCGCGGCCGUUGCCGCUGCCGAAAGGGAGGAGGCGGUGAGGGUGCUGCGGCAGCGCAACUCGCUCGACCACGAGCUGUACACGCACGCGUUGAUGAAGUUUGCGCUGCAGCGGCGUCUGUACGCCGAGCGCCAGUGCUUCAAGCGGGUGCUGUCGAGCCUGCAUGCGUGCACGCCGACGCCGCUGUACAUGCACAAGAGCGACGCACGGCUCGGCGGGCGCACGAUUGAGGAGGCCGUGAGGAACGUUCAGGCGAGCGACGCGUACAGCAACGAGACCAGCGGCACCACCAGCGAAUCCAUCAUCAAAGUGCAAUCAUGUCCCAUCAACCACACCAGCUAGCGGGGAUGUGUGUGAGUGUUGGGCGGGAGGAGGGGGGGGGACUUCUGUGUGCUGUGUGUGUGUGUGUGGGGGGGGGGACUGUGUGUGUGUGUGUGUGUGUGUGUGUGUGUGCAUUUGUGUGCUCUGUGUGUGUGUGUGUACGAGCGUUUGUACACUCUCUGUCUCAGUCUAUCAGUCUUUCUCACUCACUCACUCACUCUCUCUCUCUCUCUCUCGGUCUCUCUCUCUGUGCGUUGUACCCAGUGUCCUUUCCCUCGAUGCCUCUCGCUCUCUUCCCCUCACCGUCUUCCUCUUGCCAGGAUUCAUCAUAGAACGCACGCACUCUCUGUUCCUCCGCGUGACAUUGUGUAGAGCGUCAUGAACAGUCCUCUUGUUCCUCCCGUCAUGUGACGUCCGUGGUGGC